UUCAAUAAAAUAAUAUCAUUUUGUAGGUGCUCUAUAGUGUUCUUUGUACCUGUCUGUAAAACCGUAAUGAAAGGAUAUAUUACUACAAGUUUGAAGUAAAAAACACAAUGAAUUCCAUAUAUAAAUUGGCACGAACAUUCAAGUACAUACAGUGUUUGAGCCCUGUAUCAAGAAUAGUUCCAAAUAGUUUUAGAAAUGGUAACAAACAAGUGCACACCUCUCAAAUAAUGAGUAUUAAAAUGUUCAUGGAGCACGAAAAUUUAUAUGCGUACAGUAUAAUGGAAAACAAUGGAUACGUAGCGAAAUUAAAAUCGGAAGUUGAAACGGUUCCGGUGCCAAAAGAUAAAUUCAACCAUGUGGUUCAGCAAGAUUGGUAUAAAAAGUCUCCCCAGGACCUUUUUGCGCUAUUGCCCACACUAGGAAAAUAUUGCAUGGAACAUAAUUUAUGUAUAUCCAAUAAAAUAUUUGAUGGUUUCAUAGAUAACCUAACUGACAACAUUAAGCAUGCAACUGACGAAGAAUUGAAAGGAUUAUUCCAUUCACUAGCAAACUGGCCAGAAACAGAAUCUAUCAGAACUAGAAACUACAUUGAAGUAUGGGCAGCUCUAGACGAUGAGUGUUUGAAGAGGCAUAGAGAUUGGUCUGUCGAUCAGAUGCUUUCUUUUUUGUCUUUAUUUUAUUUAUUGAAUGUGACAAGAGCAAGUGACUAUUGUACAAAAAGUUUACAAAGGAUUACAAACAAAGUGCAGCAGUUAACCCCACAACAGCUGGUUCAAACUAUGUUCUAUAUAAGUGCAAAUCGCAAAUCACCUCAUGACAUGCACAAUUUAGAAGUACACUUGGAAAAUAAUUUUGCAGAGUUUUCAUUAGAUGAACUGGCUAUUAUGUCUAUGGGGUUUUUCAAAAGUAAAACUCCUAUUAGGAAUAUGGCAUUGAUAGAAAAAAUAAUUGACAAGAUUGUAGAACAAUCUUCUAAUGUACAUGAAGUGUCACUAGCAGCUCUACUGAAGGUAAUUCGUUACUCAAUGAAAUCUGAUGAGAACAGUAAAAUAUAUGACUUGCUGGAAACUCUGCAGCAUGAAGCUCCCAGGCUGUCCAUCAUGUGCAAAGUGCACAUUGCUUUAGUAGGCACGGCAACACUCACACUACACAAACAAUGUUUAUCUAAAAUUGCUGAAUCAGUUAUAAACUCUAUGUCACAAGCCAGGAUAAAGGAUUUAGAAAGACUGGUGUUCACUUUUGGUACAUUUAACCACAGGCCUGACACAAAGGAAUGCUUUUUUAAAAAGGUUACAGAUGAAUUGAGAACAGUGGAGCGGCAAGCAGAGAUAAGAAGAUUUGGUAGAUCAUAUGCUUGUACUGUUUCAUUCUUAGGAAUGCUCAACAUUUACCCUGUUGAUCUCAUGGAUAACGUCUUGAGCCCAGAAUUUCUAUUAAACACUUAUGGAAAGUAUUGUCAGAAUUAUGGUAAAGAAAUUUUAACAAUCCAGAAUUCUAGAGAUAUUCAUUAUGCAAAUGAGACACAAAUGAAUUCUCUACCAACUAAACAAAUAACAAUCUUAGCAAAAAAAUACACAGAUUUCUGCCCAAGUGAAACUUUUCCUAAACAGUAUAAUGUCUCAGAAAAGCUGUUCUUGGAUGUCAAGAGGAUAUUAAAAGAGAAAAGAGGUGGUGAUGACUAUGUCAUAGGUGAUCAUGUUUUGACUCAUCAUCAAAGAGGAGACAUAAUCAUUUGCGAUAAUCAUGAUGGCACUCCAUUGCCAAUUGCUAAUGUGUUUAGCACUGCAAGCUUUGGUGUUUUGCGGAGACGCCCAGACGAUAACAAGUGGACCGUUAUUAUAAUUGCUGGAAGGAAUGGUGAAAUAAAAAACACUGGAUCACCAACUGGACCAUUCCUUUCUAAAGUUAGAGAUCUCCAUGUCCUUGGUUAUCAUGCUGCAUUGGUGUCUUGGCAGAAAUAUUCCAAACUACAGACAGCAAGAGAAAAGAGUGAUUAUUUAGAUGAAUUAAUCAAAAAUGCUUAAAAUAAUAGUUUGUGCCUAAAUGUAUAUUAAUACAUAC